AUGAUACCUCUAAAAGCAGAGACGUGGACUUGGUGGACGUUUGUGAUGAUAUGCGUUAUAUGCCGAAUGAUCUCGAGGUACCUGAAUCUCGGCACAAUCAGACGAUUUCAAGCCGAUGACUAUAUUACCGUUGUCGCCAUGGCUUUCUACACCACACUGAUUGUCACCAUCAACAUUGUCGCCAAAUCUGACUCCAACCUCCUACCUCCAGGCUUUGACGUCAGCUCCCUCACACCCGACCAAAUACACGAUCGCGCAUAUGGCUCAAAACUUGUGCUCGUGGUCGAACAAUGCCAAAUCAUGACCGUGUGGUGCGAAAAGCUUUGCUUGCUAUUCCUCUACCGUCGCCUGACCGUCGGAACAUGGGAGAGACUCGCCAUUAAGCUUCUUUUCUGUUAUGUCGUACUCAGCUGGGUCGUUAUGGAGAUUCUUUACUUUGGAGUCUGGUGUCGGCCGUUUACCAUGUAUUGGGCUGUGCCGUCGACGACGCAAUGCACGGCUGCAACCAACCACCUGAUCACUAAUGCAGUGUUCAACAUCAGCUCCGAUGCGUUGAUCCUGGCAGUUGCACUACCCAUGUUUAUCAAAACCCGCCUGCCGCUACGAAAGAAAAUUGCCAUUGUCGGUAUCUUCUCCUUGGGGACUUUCGUCAUCAUCUGCGCCAUCUUGAACAAAGUCUACAGCUUCAACCAACCCUUCGGCCUGCAAUGGACGUAUUGGUACGUGAGAGAAUCGAGCACUGCCGUUCUCACGGCCAACGCAGCGUUCGUCUGGGCCCUGCUUCGCCGCAUCUUCAAGCUCCGCUCUCUG